AUGGCAAUCACAAAUCCUCCUCCGACUUCUCCACGCCAGCUCCUCCAAUCUCUUCUCAUCCUCACAAAUGAAAUCUCGAACUCCAAAAAGCUCCUCCAAUCUCCUCCUCAGAAGUUCAACUCCUCCUCAAUUCUCCGAAAAUCCAACCUCCUAUCCCUUCUCUUCCAUGACCUCCUCCUUCUACCCCCUUAUCUCCUCCCACCUUCCGCCAUCCUCUGCCUCUCCGAGCUCUCCCAUCUUCUCCAAUCCCUAAAUUCCCUCUUUGACAAAAUCUCAAACACCAGCAAGACAUGGCUUCUCUUCCACAACUCCUCCCUCUCCAACGCUUUUCACCACCUCAAUUUCGAUCUCUCCACCGUCCUGGACAUCUUCCCACUCUCUUCCCUCCCUCUCUCCAAUGACCUCUGCGAACAGAUCCUUCUCCUCAAAUCUCAGUGCUCCCGAUCUAGACCCUUGGUCCAUCCCUCCGACGACCAUCUCCGCUCUCAUAUCCUUGCACUCAUAGAGGACAUCGAGCUCGGCACCGCGCCCGAUCGAUCCCGACUCGCUGCAGUUUUCGGAACGCUGAAAUUCGAUGAUUCUACAAGCUGCGGAGUCGAGAUCAAGAGACUCGAGGACGAGAUACCCAAUCAGGUAUCGUCUAAGUCAACGGCCACGAUUGUCGCUCUUGUCGGCCUUGUGCGGUACGGUAAGUGCGUCCUCUUCGGCCCGUCCACGCCGAGAUCUUUACCGAAGCUCGGCUUUGCGGUGGCAGAUGCCUUCUUCCCGGUGGAUUUCCGGUGCCCGAUCUCUCUCGAUCUGAUGCAGGACCCGGUCGUGGUCGCGUCCGGGCAAACGUAUGAUCGGGCGAGUAUCAGCCGUUGGUUCGGAUCCGGACAUGCCACGUGUCCGAAAACGGGGCAGGUGCUACCGCAUUCCGACCUCAUUCCGAACCUAGCUCUGAAGAAUCUAAUAUCCAGUUGGUGCCAGGAAAGGAAUAUUCCGUUCAAGACUAAGCCGGAAGAAAACGGUGCCGUCGUGAAUAAAGCGGCCAAAGAGGCAACCAGAAUGACGGCAUUAUUCCUCGUCGGGAAACUAGCGGAAUCGCCGUUAACGGACGCCGCCAACCGCAUCGUCCACGAGCUGCGGGCCCUGGCUAAGACAGGGUCGGAAAACCGUGCCAGCAUUGCCGAAGCGGGAGCCAUACCCUUGCUGGUACCGCUGCUAGGCUCGGACGACCCGAAGCUGCAGGUUAACGCCGUAACGGCUCUUUUCAACCUUUCUAUACUCGAAGCUAACAAGGAGGCGAUCAUGGAGAGUAACGGCGCUUUUGACGGCCUACUCGGGGUUUUAGGCUCGGGUGCCACGUGGGAAGCCAAGGAGAACGCAGCUGCCACGGUGUUGAGCCUAUCGGCCAUCCACUCAUAUAGGAAGAGAUUCGGAAAGGAUUCACGUGUUGUUGGAGCGUUGGUUGAUUUGGUUAAGGUGGGACCCACAAGUUCGAGGAGGGAUGCUUUCGCGGCUAUUUUGAAUCUGGCUGGGGAUAGGGAUACAGUGGGGAGGUUUUUGGAGAAAGGGCUUGUGGAGCUGGCUUUGACAGAGGCUGAGAAAGAGGAGGCCGCCGAGGAGGCAUUGGCAAUGCUGGCGGCCAUAGCUAAGACGGGUGGAGCAGAGGCACUGGCGGCAACCGAGGGUGUUGUUACAAAGCUGAUGAAGGUUUUGAUGAACGGUUCAGAUCGCGGAAAGGAGCAUGCAGCGGCGGCUCUCGUGGCAGUGUCCCAGAAAGGAGGGAGAGGUGUUUUGGAGGAGCUGGCCUGCACGCCGGGCAUUGAGAAGGUGCUUUUGGAAUUGAUGGCGUCGGGGACGAUGACGGCAAGAGCUAAGGCAGCCGCCCUUGGCCGGAUGCGCCGGAGAUGGAUGAUCACGAGAGUGAUCGAUCCAACGGUCAGAUUUCCUUCCCGGACAGCCACGCUAGAAGCCUAAUUUUCUUUUACAUCCUCUCUUUGUUGUGGUCCUUUUAAUUGUAUAUAGCCGUGAUUCUUCAGUUUCCGUCGUCAAUUACUUUUUUGGUGGGAAAAAGGAAAGAAUCAU